AUGGCUGGAUCAACAACAAAUUUUCCAAAUGUUCAAAGAAUACGAGAUAUGGUUUCAAAUGACCUUGCAUCCCUGCUUGAUUCUUUCAAAGGAAAGAAAGAUUUAGUACUGGAUACAGAGCUUAUGAAACCAUUAGACAGAGUGGCUGGAGCUACAAUGCUUAAGCAAAGACAUGUAGAUAAAAUUUUCAAGCUAGACCCAACACAGAAGUCAAUACAUGGAUGUGAACAGAGGGUGUAUUUAGUACGGCCACAAAUGACCACCAUGAAGGUCAAAGCUGACCAUGUCAACUCAGAUAGAAGCAGCAAUAUCAAAAGAGAGUAUAGAAUUAUUAUGGUGCCUCGGAAGUUACAUGUAUGUGAGAUGAUACUUGAACAUGAGGGUGUUAUGGGAUAUAUAACGAUACAUGAGUUACAGAUGGAUCUGAUACCACUAGACAGAGAUAUACUCUCUUUAGAGUUACCUCAGUUAUUUAGGUCAUUUUAUCUGGAUAGUGACCAUACCUGGAUACAAACAAUAGCCAAAUCACUUAUCAACAUUCAGGCUCUAUGUGGAAUUAUUCCUAAUGUUUAUAGUAUUGGCAAGGGAUCAAAGGUGGUGAAUGAUUUGAUGAAAAAUAUACUUGGAGAUAAAUUAUCUGGACCGGACUACAGCAAGUGUGAUAUAGGAAAUCUCAUUCUCAUAGACAGAGGUAUUUAUAUAAUAAUUUCGUUGUGCUCCCAGCUGACAUAUGAAGGUCUACUAGAUGAUACAUUUGGUAUAUCUUGUGGUUAUAUAGAAUUUGGUAAAGAUGUAACUGGAAAGGAUCAGAGUACCAAACUUCUACUUAGCAGUGAAGAUCAGCAAAGACAUGGUCUAGAAUCUGUUGGGGACAUGAAAGAUUUUGUUGCAACUGAAUUACGAGGUCUUAAGGCACAGAAAGCAGCUUUAUCACACCAUAUUGGUGCAUGUGAGGUUAUCCUUGGAAAGAAAACUAAAGGAGAGUUUGAGGAAUACUUACAAUUAGAACACAGUGAAGAUUACUCUGAAAUCACGUCAAAUUUUACCAAGUCUAGAUCUAGUCAUCCAGUAAUGUUCAUUUCCACACCACAAGAUAGAUUUCAAUCUGUGUGGACCAAGAAACAUCCUACACCUUUGAUCUUACAAAGACUUGUCAUCCUAGCUACUGAAUGUCUUCAGAUAAUAGAAACACAGAUUGGGGAAAUUGGACCUUCAGUUCCAGAUUUUAAGGCUACUUGUGAAACCCAAGCUCAAUCAUGA